ACUAUUGCAAUUUUGUUCCGUCAAAUCAAAAAAUAUUUGCAUUUUGUUUUGAAAUUACGAUUGAAUUUAAAUUGAAUAACUAAUUCUAAUGCGCUCGCGCACCAGAAGUCGCAGCCCUCAAAGGCGUGAGGAACGCUCUCGCGCCGACAGAAAUGUAAGCAACAAGCCGGCGCGCCGCCGGCCGUCACCACAUCGUAAGAGCAGGUCCGUUUCCCAGGUUCGCUCCCGCUCCAACAGACGAGUGGCCAACCAGCAGGAUCGCCGCCGCUCGCCACCUCGCUCCAGGGAGACGGACAGACGUCGCCGCAAUUCGCGGUCGCCGCCAUACUCGGGUCGAAAAAAUGACCGCGUGCGCCGCCGAUCCCGGGAGAAAGUAUCAGCAGCACAGCGUCGUCGCUCCCGUUCUCGGUCUCUAUCGUCCAGCAGCUCCUCGAGUGGCAGCAGCAGUGAGGGGAGCAGCAGUAGCAGCAGCGACUCCAGGUCCAACAGUCCCACUGUAAAGAAACAACCGCCAAAAGCUGUGGAUCGCUGGCCCAAUGACCGCUUCCAAGAAUAUAAUGAGAAGAGCAAAAAUCCCUUCAAAGGUUGGAUAUCAGGAGGCACCAGCUUCAUGGACGAUCCGGCGGAGCCUUCAACCCGUUCAUCACACCACAAGGGCCGCGGAGGCGGUGGGCCUGCCUAUACUGACAACAGAGUCGAUGCUCGUCGCGAGCAACGUGUGCGCAUUGGCGAAGAGGGCGUACCAGAUGUUUGGGCCAAGAGCCCGACCCGCGCAGAGAUGAACGAUGUGAAACUGGUGAAGGGCUCCUACGUGGGACCCAAGAAAAAGAAGAAGAAGGGAAAGGGCAAGAAAAAGGAUAAGAAGUCAAAGAAGAAAUCCAAAAAGUCAAAGAAGAGAAAGAGCAAGAAGGGGGCGAGUUCCUCGGACACAUCUUCAUCGUCGUCCAGCUCUGGGAGCAGCGAUUCCAGCGAUGACAGCUCAGACAGUGAGAGCUCAAGCUCUGAGAGCGAGAACGAGGACGUGUGGCUGGAGAAGACGGUCGAUGGCAUUAAGAAACCAAAAAAGAAAAAGUCUUCGGCCUCCAAAAAAGACAAGAAAAACAAAAAGAAGAAGCGCAAGACUGACAAGGCCGAAAAGUCCAAAAAAUCAUCGUCCGGCGGAAGCAAAUUACGCUCCAAGGAUGGCGGCAACAACGACGAGGAUGUGGGCCCAUCGCUGCGCCCAUCUGGCAGCUUGAACCAAAAGGAUUUCGGACGCGCCCUGCUGCCAGGAGAAGGAGCCGCCAUGGCCGCCUACAUAGCCGACGGCAAGCGCAUUCCACGUCGUGGUGAAAUCGGCCUCACAUCCGACGAGAUUGCCAACUUCGAGUCCGUGGGCUAUGUGAUGAGCGGCAGUCGUCACCGUCGCAUGGAGGCUGUGCGUAUCCGCAAGGAGAAUCAGUUGUACUCUGCGGACGAGAAGCGCGCCCUGGCCAUGUUCAGCAAGGAGGAGCGUCAGAAGCGCGAGAACAAGAUCCUGUCCCAGUUCAAGGACAUGAUUCACUCCAAGCUCCAGGCAAAGGACAAAAAGUGAACACACAAAAAAUAAUGUAAAAACUUAAGGACAGACGGAGAAUGUAUAAAGAAGAAACAAGACGGGAAUCAAAUGUAAAAAUAAUUGCAAAUUUUAGAAUAAAAACACCCUGUUCCAUGUCCCGCC